UGUCCAUUACAGGUAGUUUUCUUUGUGUAACACCCCAUCAGCCAUAAAUCUAUACCAAUUACUACCACUAAAACAUCUGCUCCUUUAUAUGUCCUUAUACUACAGUUAAUAUUUCACCUUCAUUAGUAUGCAUAGUUCUUAGCCAAUCAAAUUAGUUUAUACAAAUGACAAAGGCAGCAAUCCGAAAGACAGAUGCAAAAUUAUUAUAAUUGAUUUUUCCAAAGGAUGACAUCUCUUCUACUCAUUGUUCCAAGAGUUUGAACAUCUAACUUUGUUAUUGAAAAAAGGAUUUUUAAGAUAAAAUAAAUGGUUUUGAAGAAUUCUGAUGGUGGUAAAUCAAGGGGAACCGGAGAGGGAAAUGAAAAGAUGACAAACAAAAGAAAAAGUGCUGUGGAUACCAGAGAUUUAAGUAAGGCUGAAGGUUUGGAAAGUAAAAAAUCAAAGACAAAACAAGAUGCAGUUUCUGAUGGAUUCUGUCCUUUCCCAGGAUGCAAUGGACUUGGUCAUGUGUCUGGGAAAUAUGCUAGGCAUCGCUGUUUACAAAGCUGUCCACUGGCAGCAAACAAAAAGAAAAUAAGUCAAACUACCACAGUAAAAUCAACUCCAACCUCUAAGUCAAUACAGGUAGAAAAGACAGAUGCUGAGGGGAAUAUUAAAUGUGUCAAGGUCAGACUUGAUGAUGGUUCAGUUGUCAGUUCAGGUGAUGAGGAAAAUGGAUCACAAGAAGAAAUUCCAGUACAGCCAGUAUGUUCAGAUAUUCCAGGGGAAAAUCCUGAGGUAUCAUCAGAACAAGCAUGCUUCCAGGAAACAAAACAAGCUAUCCAACAAUUAUCUGACGACCAGGAUAUAAAACCAACACCAGAAGAUUCCAACAGUGAAACUAGUCAUGAAAAAAUUGUUAAAUGUGAAAUUAAGUCUGAAAAUGAAAAAGAACAGUCUGCUCCCGAUGAUGAAGACAACUUACAUAAGAUACAACAACAGUGUGAAACCAUCCAAGAAAAUGUCGACAAUCAAAUAGAAUUAGACAUGUUUGUCAUGGAUCACUCAACAGGGGAACAGGGUUUAUCAGAAGUUGUACAAACUGACCAAACAGAGAAUGUUGAACAAUCAUCCAUGGAAGAAUCUUCAGACACUUCCAUACAUAUAGAACAGUCUUCACAACCCAUGGAAGAAUCCCCUGUCAUUUCCCUACAAACUGAACAGUCAUCACAAGCCAUGGAAGAACCAUCAGUCUCUUUUAUACAUACUGAACAAUCUCCACAAUGCAUGGAAGAAUUGUCUACCUCACAACAAACUGAACAGACACAGUUUUCUGAAGAAAAUAUUCAGAUAACAGAAGGAGAUGCACAAUCACAAGUGGAACCAAUUGACCAAAACAAUGUUGAAACUGUUCAGACUGGUCCAUCUCAAAUUAUCAUUGAACAUAUUGAUUUAUCUCAGGCUGGUAAUGAAGAUAUGGACCAAUCAGAUGUUAUAGAUAUAUCUGAUGCGAUCAAGAAAGAAAAGCCAGAUGAGGAGGGAGAAUUCCAGGUGGUGGCGGAAUGGAGUGCUCCAAUGGAAGUGAUGGAGAGAACAGAUGAGGAAAAAGAAACACAAACUGUGGAAAAAGAAAAAUUUUCCCCAGAAGACAGUGGAAAGGAUGAUGGGAAAGAUAAAGAUGUAAAAUGUCCUACCCCUGGUUGUGAUGGAACUGGUCAUAUAACUGGGUUAUAUUCACAUCACAGAAGUUUAUCUGGAUGUCCAAAGAAAAGCCAAGCUCCUCCUGAAGUUGUUGCUGCACAUGAGAGUUUAACCAGAUGUCCUACACCAGGAUGUAUAGGGAAAGGUCAUGUAAACAGUAAUCGUAGUACACAUAGAAGUGUGUCAGGAUGUCCUAUUGCAGCCAUGGGAAAACUAGUCAGUUUAACAACAAAUCAAGCCAAAAAAACAGGUCUGCAUUUAGUCCUGCUCCCUAAAGAAGAUGACCCCAGUAAAGCGGUAUUGGCCGCUUGUAAUGAAAAAGAACUGAUUCGUCUUGCCGCCCAGAAGUCUCAAUCUGUCCCGUCUACAGGGCCUGCUAGUGAAUCAGAUAGAAUUCUUCGUCCAAUGAUACUCACCAAGCAAUUAGAACUACAGGGAACAGACUCUGUUGUAUCCACAUCGACACCUCGUGGUAAUCUAGCCAAAGAGCUGGAAAAAUACAGCAGACCGGACUUAGCAGCAAUGGCUAAAAAUCUUAAUGAUCCAAACGGAAUCAGUGCAACAACACCAGUACAAAAACCUCCACCAAGAAAAGACUUAAGUGAUCGACCUAACAUCUUACGUCGACCUAGUUUUAAGCCAAAGCUUGCACGUAGUCUGUCGUCCAGUUCAGAGAGCAGCAUUACAUUACCAGUCAGUCAGCCAGUAUCAUCAACAUCAUCUACCAUCAGUAACAUUCUCAGUCAACAAAAACAAGCAAACAUUGAGUAUACUAGAUCUAUCGGGGACUUAAAUACAGAGAGGUGUAGGAGUCCUAGUGAAUUCAGUACAGAUUCCAGAGGAGAUCCAUUUUAUGACGGCUUCUCAGGAAAGGGAGAUAAUUCACAAUGUCCAACACCUAAUUGUGAUGGGUCUGGUCAUGUGACUGGUAACUACACCUCCCAUCGUAGUGUAUCUGGAUGUCCAUUGGCUGACAGAAACAUUGCAACUUCAAAUCAAGUGGAUUUAAAAUGUCCAACACCUGGUUGUGAUGGUUCUGGUCAUGUGACUGGCAAUUAUGCAUCACAUCGUAGUUUGUCUGGAUGUCCUAGAGCAGCGAAGCUUAAAAGGAUGAUGGGAAAAGAUGGUGAAAGGAAAGAGGAAGAACCUUUACGCUGUCCGAUACCAGGAUGUGAUGGCUCAGGUCAUGUGACAGGAAAAUAUUUGUCACAUCGAAGUGCCUCUGGGUGUCCUCUUGCCAAUAAACACAAAUUACAACGACAGCUACUGGCCAGUUUAGAUUGUCAGGAUUCAGAUCUUGCCAAGUCAUUAAAAAUGGAUGGCAUUGUCUGUCCUACCCCUGGUUGUGAUGGUUCUGGUCAUGCUAAUGGAAGUUUCUUAUCACAUCGCAGUCUGUCUGGAUGUCCCAGAGCUACACAAGCUAUGAAGAAAGCUAAACUCAGUCCUGCUGAAUUGAGUAUUAUUCAUUCCAAACUUCAGAAUGGUGAAGAUUUACAUAAUGACGAAGAGCUUCAACAGCUGGAAAUUGACAUAUCAAAAAUCAAAGAAUAUAAUUUAGAAUUAGAUCAAGAAUUAGGUAAAAUGAGGUCAGAGGUCAUAACCUUAGAGAACCAAGUCUUACAAGAGGAGAAGGAAAACAAUGCUAUUCAGGAUCAAUCAACAAUACUCACUGACUAUUUAGCAACCUUGAAGAGACAAAUUUUAUCUGUGUUGUCCCAAAUUAACAUGCCCCAUUUAAAUACAACAUUAAUCAAUGAGGAGAAUUUAGAAGAAUGUAUAAAUCAGAUCCAAUCAUUAUGUUUUAAUAGAAAUGGUGGCAUGGUGGCUGGAAGUGGCAUUAACCUAGGCGUGUCAGAAAUUCAAGUGGCAUAAACACAUUGUUUAUAUAUGAAUGCUUUAUAUCUCAUUUUUAAAGGCCAAAGUAUCCUAAUGUGUCUUAAGCAUGCAUAAAAGACCAAAGUGUUUAAUUAUGAUAGAAGUCCUCAUUUUCUGCUGCAAAAAAAUCAAAAUUGAAAAUCGAAGAUUUCUUAGUAUACAUAUCAUGACUUUGUUUACAUUAUAAACGUUAAUGUUGUAAUUUAAAGCUUUAUUUAUGAUGAAACUAUUCAGGUGCAAAAGGCAGGUUGAGAAAAUGGUGAAUGCUAUCUUAUGGAGUUCUAAUUUCCCAUGAAUAACUUGUAAAAUAUCUGAAUUCUGUGGAAAGUUUGUAAGACGUAAAGCCAGAAAUCUUUGAAGGAAAUUCAUCUUUUGACAAUAUAAAAAACCUAUACAUAGUCAUAAGUUACUGAAAAAAUUACUUUAAAAUGUUGAUCUUGGAGAUCCAGAUACAAAAUAAGAAAAUUAAUGUUUAAAAGUUGUAUAUUCUGUACAAUUGCUGUCCAAUUUUCUACAAUGAUGUGCUUGGUUUAGUGUUCAACCCUAUUGCUCAAUAAAAAAACAUAUUAUCCGUAUAAUGUUUGCUCAAUACUUAUUCACAAAAGCUUGUGCCAAAAAGGAAAUGUUUAGCUAAAGUAUAAAAUACAUGCAUUAGACUUGCAGCUGUUUCAUGAUGAGAGUUAGCACAGUAGUAUAUUUUUGUCAACUUAAACACGUUUGUUUCCAUAGAAAUCACUCUUAUCUUUAGCUAAUAUGUAAUAACCAUAACUAAAUGAAGAGCCAAAAUAAUGUAUUUCACCAUUAUAAAAGUUUGUCUCUUAAUUUGCCAACGAUGGUCGUUUUUUUAUGCAUAAAGCAAUUUUUAUUGAGGUCAAAAAUUAGACAGCUUAUGUUGAAUUCAUUUCCAAAUAGUCAAGACUUGAUGCACUUUGUAGUUGACAUAUAAUGAACAUUAGUAAUUGAUAUCCUAAUCUUGACCUGGAUGUCAUUUAUCUAAUUAAAUGACUUGGUUGCUGUGAUGUAAACACAACAUCUCUGUUUAGUAACUCUUUUAUUAUUACGGUACUCUUCAAUAAAAGCAAGGACUUAUAUUAGAUCUAUAUACGUCCCUGAUAAAAGUAAAAAAAUUGCCACAAAAAGUGUUUUUAGAUAUAUAUGUUAGAUACAGUAAUUUGUUAUGUUUUAUAUAUUUAUAUAUUUAUUAUGAAUCAUUCCAUUGUAAAUACUAAAACCUUCAGUGUAUAUGAGGAAAAAACAAAAGGUGCUUUUUACACUAAUGUUUUAUAUAGAACUUGUGAGUUUCUAAGUAGACUGUAUUACAAUUAUCAUCUAACAUUUGUUUUAACUUUUUAAGAAAACAGUUUUUCUAGUUUUUUUUUUAAUAUCCUACAUAGUAACUUUAUGCUUUAUUUGGAACAGCAAAAAUAUCUCCUUAACAGGAGGGACAGGGUCAUGUUUUGUAAUGCCUGCAAUUUUGAGCCAAAAAAAACAUGCUUGCAUUUAAGUUGAUGGUCAGUUAACCAGAUAUGGACUGGUUUCCUUUAGAUUUAAUUAAGAAAAUAGCUUUAUGAUAAAUCAGUUCAGACUGGUCUCAGUUUGAAAACUAUUUUAUCCUACAUUUUAUUUUAAUCUUAUUAUUAUUUAGUUAUAACAUGUAGCCAUUUAUGGUUUUUAAAUGUGCAAUAUAUGGAGUUUAAAUGUGCAAUAUAUUUGUUUAAGGAAAUUGGAAAGAGGCAGUUCUAACUUAUAGGUCACACAACUUUAAUGAUGAGUUAUAUGUAUUAUAGAGUUUUCAAAAAGUGAUUUGUUUAUUUUUCACAUUGAAACAGCUAAAAAUCUUUAGGUGCUUUAUUAGUAAGAAGCAUCAAAAUAAUAUUUUUAAUGAAAAUUUCAUUUGCUGAAAGAAUCACAAGUAAAUAUACAGGACUUUCAUUAAUUUGGAAUGGUCUAAAUGCUUGUUUGUUAAUAUUUUAAAUUUUUCGUUAUCUCUAAUUAUUUGAAUUUUGAUCUGUCUUUUUCAAUCUUUUUAUAAAAUCAACACAAAGUAUGAUUAGAAGUUUGAGAAGGUUGUCAUAAAUGUCAAGGUUAUGUGAUCUUGUGUAAUCUUGUUGUGAUGUGGAUUCCAGGCUUAUGAGGAACAAUUAUAUGUUGAUGUGUUACUACAUGUUUUCAUGUUUGUAUAACCCAUUCCAUUAUGUAUAGAUAUUUGUUAUGUACUUAUUUAUUUAUUUAUUGAACAUUCCUCUUUGUUAUAAAAUAUGUAAUUUUAAUUUUUUCCAUCGUGAGAUAAAAAGGUGCAAUAUUUUCAGCAGAUAAAUGCUUCAAA